AUGGGAAAACGCAAGGCAGGCAAACGCCUUUCUCAACACACGAAACGCCGUAAAACAGAAGUUCCAACCAUUAAUGAGCUUCGGUAUCUGCUAGAGCCAUAUGAUGGCAGCGAAAGAGCUGACGUGGUACUCAAAGACGAAGCCAACCGCGUAACACUUCGACGAUGGUACGACUCUCUCUCUAGCGACUUCAGACGUGGACGAAAACGGAAUGCUUUAAAUAGCGAAGCAAUCCAAAAUAUCAGAAGCCCGCAGAUCCGAAUUGCAGCGCCAAUUUUGAGCCAGUUCGACCGGUGGUAUCAAGACCCAAGAAGCUUUUGGUGGCCAACCCGUGGUCAACCAGCCCUAGAAGAAGGCUCUGCCGGUGCACCAAACAGAUACGGCCGACGUUUUAUCGAAGAUGCGAUCGAGAACUACAAGAGAAUUGCCAUCUACAAGGUCCUGUGGAGGUUCACAACUGUCGCUGCGUACUUAGCAUUCCGGCGGUCAAGGCCGUCGCCUCCACGCUACAUCACAAAUGUGCAAAUCAACGAGUUCUUGACAUUUAUGGGAUGCGAGGUCACUGAGGAAACAACUGCCAUGGUUUGGUCUAUAGUAAAGGCUGGGCAGCGCCGUAUAACAUUCAGUGACCUGCUUGCGGGCACCGCAGAAAAAGAAUGUGUUGGCGAAGCUGCCGAUGAGGCCGCAUAUCUACGACAAAAAAGCGCCUUAGGGGUAUUCUUCCUGGAUGUUUUACCUGAUUCUAUCUGGGAUGAAGAGGACGGCUUACGAAGCGAGGACCUCCACAAUGCGAUAAAACACCUGCGUUCCAUCGGCAUCCUGACGUUGUUGGCCGAAAAAAAUACCGAGCGCGUGGCAGAUGCGCUUUUGAAUUUCCAACAACUAUUACUUUGGCCUGAUGAAGAUGCUCUGCGACCCAUGAGCCGUGGUUCAAUAUAUCCUGGUACUUCUACUAGCUGCAUCUCCCGACAACCGGCCCCUAGCUCUACCGCAACGUUGUUAAGAGAAAGUCAAACGAGCGAGGCAACUGCUGCGGGAGUGGCACCUGGAGUAAUACACCUUCUCGCUGCUGCCCAAGUCACAGGAAUAGCGGGCAAUAGCAGGAAGGUAUCAUCCACGCAAGAGCAACAUGAUAACUUGUCCGUGCGGGCACAUCCUCCGCAUGCAAUUUCGAAUAUCCGCAGCAUCAACGUCAAUUCCCACAGUUUCACUGCCCCUGGUUGCUUCAAUGGAUCCAAUACCGUACUCAAUACUACCGACGCUAAUUUCUCGGUGAAUAUUGCGUCAACCGAAGGCGAUCACUGCAGCCGCUAUUACGUACAACCGGAAUCAUUUGGUGAUGCUGUACCAGCUGACAAUUCCAACGGUAUCUAUGUACAGCCAGAAUCAUUCGGUGAUGCUGUACCAGCUGACAAUUCCGCUGGCUUCUAUGUACAGCCGGAAGCGUUUGGUGAUGCUGUACCAGCUGACAAUUCCAACGGCUUCUAUGUGCAUCCGGAAGCGUUUGGUGAUGCUGUACCAGCUGACAAUUCCAACGGCUUCUAUGUGCAGCCGGAAGCGUUUGGUGAUGGUGUGCCACCUGAUAACCCGGCUGUAUUCUUCACCCGAUCCCAGUCAUUUGGUGACAACAUACCCACUGAUAACUCCAACGGCCACUAUGUCGAGCCCUUCGCCGCCGCUGUUCAUAUUGACGCCACCCCAUUCGUUUGA